GAAUUCUUCUCCCAUUGCAUCCUCACAGUGCUGUCCAGCUGAGCUUUUCUGGGUGGUGUACGGCCUAUUACAUUCUGACCCUAAAAAGGAUUCUAUUGCACCAUCAGUGGCUCGCUGUGACGACUUUGUCCAACACUUUAGGGAUAAAAUUGCUCAGAUUCACCACAAGCUGGACUCCACAGUUGAUAUAGUUCUGGAGCAGGGACUCAGUCCAGACAAGAUGGAGGUCCUGUUGGUUCAGCCUUCCAGUUAAGUGAUUUUAGCCCUGUCCUGGUCAGGACUGCACUCCCCAUAAAGGACAGGGUUUGCAUUUUGGGAGUUCUCCUCGACCCAGAGCUGUCUCUGGAGUCUCAGGUAACAACAAUGGUGAGGAGUGGUUUCCUUCAGCUUCAACUGAUCCACCAACUGCAUCCUUACCUGAAUGAGCACUGCCUCGCAAUAGUGACCCAUGCUCAGUCUAGGAUGGCAUUGAUCAAGAGGCUUUUCCAUUUGUCUUCUGAGUGAUCAAAUUUGCUUGCUUGCCAGCUAAAGACAAAUUGAAUGGUUUAUCCAUGAAUAAUUUAAAUGAUCCUCCAAACUGGAACAUCCAACCUAAUGAAAGGAAUGAAGGAGGCCAUGGAAGCAAAUGGAAUUAUGCUUUGUUGGUUCCAAUGGUGGGCUUGGCUGCCUUCCGUUGGAUCUGGUCCAGAGAGUCUCAGAAAGAAAUAGAAAAGGAGAGAAAAAAAUUCUAUAGGAAACUCCUGUUAGUACAAAAAGAACUUGAAUCUAAGUAUCAUGACAUAAUCACAGAAAACCGGCGUACUGUUGCUCACUUAGAGCUUGAGAUGGAAAAGGCACGGAACAGAACAGAAAGCUUUCGCAAAGCCCUCAUCUCUCAGACUCAUAAACUGGUAGAAGAAAGAAAAACUCUGGAACAAGAACGUACUAAAUUAGAACAAGAAAAACAGAUUAUGCAAUACUCUGGAGCUGCCAGUGCUUUGUAUCAGAGUUGCUUGGAGAAGGAAGAGCAAUGGCAGAAUCAAGCUACUACUUUACUAAAAGAGUUUGAGGGUGCCCUUACAGAAAGGCAGAACAUCUACUGCAGUCUCCUGCUCCCAAGACAGCAGCGACUAGAAAUAGAGAAAACGUUGCUAGUUAGAGCAGCGACUGAUCCAGUUGCUUUGGACUUGGGAAUGGAGACUGGCUUAAGAGAUAUUUUUAAGUAUGAUACUUCUUGCAGUAAUUGGUUAAACACCAAUAAACGUCAAAAUGGAAAACUGAUGUGGCUCUACCUUAGAUACUGGGAAUUAUCUGUUGAGCUCAACAAAUUCAAGAGGGUAGAGAAAGUCAUCCUGGGGAAAAGUAGAAACUAAAAGCAACAGCCAUCCAUACAUUACACAUAUUAGGUAUGGUUGUAUGUGCCAGGCUGUAUAUCACUAAUUUUAGCUUUCCCACGACAUUUCUAUGGGUCAUCUGAUAAGCUGGUACCUCCCUGAUGCCUCUUCCUUUGACUGACCAAAUGUGUAGCCUAAUUGAGUGAUACCCAUAAUUGUGUUAUGUAUUCAGUGGGGCUUAUUCCGAAGUAAGUAGAUUUUAGAACUGAAACCUUGGUUAGCCUUCUGGAGUUAAAGGAGAUGCCUUCAACUUCUGGCACUUGCAUGGCAACCUUUUUGUGCAAGAAAUCAGGUUAUACUACUUGGAAGCAACUGUUCAUGAGUUCUUCCCAUUCUCAGCCUGGGAGUUUUUUAAGGUUGAGGAAAUGCUACUUCCAGUUGUUAAUGUGCAUGAUCAAGAUCUCAAAUUAACCAGCUUUGCAGUCUGGGCUAGGUUAGUGCAGGCUAUCUGCUCAGAGCUAUGUCAAUUCAGUGAUUCAGUAGAAACAGAAACGGAUGGAUGGCUAAUUGAAAAAAGUGAUGCAUGAAACACUCAAUCAGGGUUUAGUGUGGGCCAGUUCAGCACCCAUGAACUGACUUGCAGUACUAGCACACAGUUGUGGCAUAUAGGAAGCAAUAAACAGGAAGACAGUGCCUCUGAGCAAGGACAGAGUGUCUCUGCAUGAAUUAUGUUUCUAAUGCCACUAUUGAAAAUGUUUCAGUUUUGGAUUCUGGUUCUAUAAAUAGUAUUUUGCUUAAAGCUCAUUAUCUGAUGUAUUGCUAUACUUGUCUCUACCGGCAUAUGUAAGUUGUUAGGGUUUUUUGCAGGACUGGUGAACAGAAGACAAAUUGAGGGAAACCCACAAAGACCGAAAAAGUUGUUUUGGAGCUUUCUUCCCAUCAGCCCUCAAAACUGCAUUAAUAUUGCCAUUGCAGAUAGUUAAUAUAAAGAAUAUAAAGAAGAAAUCAGAUAAUGUGCUUAAGAGCAGAUAAAAUAAUUUCUAUCUUAUAGUUAUUUGUUCCCUUUCCAUGAAGACCCUUCAAGCAACCUGCAUUGCUGUCUUUUAAAAAGCCAAGCAUAUGUACUAGCAUAUGCAAAGGAAUUAAUUUUAUUCUAUACUAUUGAGAGUAUUUGUACUAUGGAAUAUAGCAUACAAAUUCUGUUUGUUGGAAAAGGAAGCAUAUUAGUGCAUUCCACAUAGAAAAUCACAAAGAGCUUGCCUGUAAUCAAUAUUUAGUCUUAACUUAGUUUCUGCCACUAAUACAGGAUGGUUUGUAUGCUGAUACUUAAGCAUGUCAUCUCACUUAUUGUCAUAUUUUCUAAUUAUUUUUAUAUUACACUAAAAAGUAGAACAAUGUUAGUGAAAAUAAAGGCUGGGAACCUUCAAAGAGCA